GGAUGGACAGUUGCUCCCGAAGAGUCGCGUCGAACGUACGUUCUAGCGGGAUUUUUUGUUCGAUUUCCAUUUUUUUUUGAUCUUCUUUCGCUUCGCUGGAGAACGUAGUAACGGAGCUCAGAAGAUUGGCGGAAGAAAAAUCUUCGUCCGGGAAAACAACCAACGGCGAACCAAAUUGGACGCUGAUGAUGGGUCGUUACCUGCCUUAGUGCAUCGUUGAUGAUAUGCGUAUUACACCGGUGGGCGACAAGAAGCAGUCAGCCGGUAGCAGAGUAAAUAAAUUAAAAUUUAUGAACCACCGGGCGUGUUCAUUCACGGGCGAAUAAAUAAAAUCAAUCUCUGACGCGAGCGAGUGGGGGUGGAGGCGUGCGGCCACCCAAAGGUAAUUCGAGAGCAGUACCAGCAGUAGCAGCAGCAGCAACAGCAUCCUACUAGUGGGAGCCUUGUAUCGCAACGAGUGGGCCCUUGGAGCCUGCGGAGGAAAGCUCUAAUGGCGUGCUUCGCGAAAUUUUUCUCCAGAAAGCACGGUUCGUUUAACCUUCCCGACGUUGGCAAGACAGAUGACGGCAUUGUGCCCGUCCGAUUGAGUCGGAGAAUCUACGAGCAAGAAUUUAAUCCCACUACCAAUGGAACGUCCAGGUCCGUCGGGAAAUUUUCCCCAAAAGGCACGGAACGUGAAUCCGGUCUAGGCAGUUUAGAUGAACGGCUGAAUGUACCCAACGGGACUCCCUGGGAAGCUACUAGACCUGUAUCGGUUCCGCAACCACAGUUCGAACGGAAAAUUCCACAACCGAACGCGAAGGAGCGCAUCAGUGCCAGCUCACAAGAGCCUGACCGAAACAUCAACCUUGAGCUACUCAAGGAAAUUCAGCAAACUAAAAUACUCCUCCAGUUGGCACUAGAAUCGAAACUUCGAGAACACCCCAACAAGGAUGAUCGCCUUCACCUGGUCAAAUUGGAGAAAGAAAUCAAAGAACUGCAGAACCGUAUCAGCAAGAGUAGCGUCGUUGCUACGCCAGUGCAGGAACCGGUCAUCGUCAAAGAGACUACCCGUCCAGUCGCUCGGGCUAGUCCUAAGACUUCACAAGGGUCGUCCCGUUCGAAUCUCCCACCUCCAAAGUCCUCACUCAGUAGACAGAUAUCCACAAUCACAACGCAGACCUGGGAAACGAGUGAGACAUCCGACGAUUACGACACAAUCCCACCGUCCAAAUCGAAGGUCCAACCCGUCCCCGAAGUUUCCAGCUCUGAAGAAGAAGAAGAAGAUGAUGAGGAUGAACGCAGUCGAGAUGCACAGGACGACACCUCUCAAGACGAGGAACCGACACCUCCCAAGUUGCCUCCGCCGAGGGUACCCUCCAUGGUAGAUGACAUGAUAAACCUUUCCGUUCCAUUGAGCUUGGUGAGCAACGAAAUUGAGAAGCAUCAGCAAGCUCCACCCGUUCCAUCGGGACCUCCUCCGAAACGAACUCCACCACCAACUCCAGUGCAAGAAGAGAUCCCCGGCAAACCUCAACGAGACUCGGAUGACUCGCUACCUCCACCGAAGAUUGAAGAACUGAACGUCAGCCGAUCGGUUGGGAUCCUGAAGAAGGUUCGCAAGGAAGGUGUUCUAUCAGACAAAACAGAAAUCAAGGGUUCUCGAGAAAUUGUCAUUCCAAGCCAUCCGAAGCGGGCGGAAGAUGAGCUACUGAUAAGGAAAGCCAUCUCCGCGAACGAGUUCCUGAACAAUCUGAUGGACGAGGAACGGUUGAAGGCGGUAACGGAUGCCAUGAGCCCCAUGGCAUUCCCACCGAACAGCUACAUUAUCAAGGAGGGGGACAUCGGUGCGCAUUUCUUUGUGUCGUCCGAUGGAACCUACGAGGUUGUGGCGGAGAACAAGGUGAUCAAAUCCUUUGGACGGGGUGUCGUCUUCGGGGAGUUGGCCAUUCUGUACAAAGCGAAACGGUUCGCGAGUAUUCGGGUCACUACGGAGGCCAAGGUUUGGAUGCUGGAGCGGAAGGUGUUCCAGAAGAUUAUGAUGAAAAGUGGGAGGAAGGAGCGGGAGGAGAACGUGAAGUUCUUGAGUACGGUGUCUAUUUUGAAGGAUCUGGAAACCGAGAAGCUCCAUAAGAUUUCGGAUCUGCUGAAAAGGGAGUUCUACGCAACUGGAUCCACAAUCAUCCAACAAGGUGAUCCAGGUGAUAAGUUCUACAUCAUUCGGGGCGGUAGUGUAAAUGUGAUCAAAACCGAUCGGCAUGGAGCUGAUAAACUGGUCGGUACUCUACAACGGGGAGCGUACUUCGGUGAACAGGCCCUGCUUCAUGAAGAUCGACGACUGGCCAGCAUCAUUGCAAAUCCCCCUGGAACGGAAUGUUUGACGUUGAAUCGGAUAGCAUUCAAUGAAUUUCUUGGCGGACUGGAGAAGUUACGUGAAAUAAAGCUGUCCGAUGACCUGCCCAGGAUAUCUGGUGAUAAGAAUACAUCUUCUGAAUACGACCACAUUCAGCUGCAUGAUUUAACCUACAUCGGCACGCUGGGAAUCGGUGGCUUCGGUCGGGUGGAGCUGGUGCGAUACCAGAAGCAGAAAACCUUCGCCCUCAAGUAUCUGAAGAAGAUUGAGAUGGUACGGCAGCAGCAGCAGGAGCACGCCUACAGCGAGAAGGAUAUCAUGCUGAGCUGUAAUAGCCCGUUUAUUGUGAGGUUAUACAAAACGUAUCGCGAUAAAAAGUAUCUCUACUUCCUGAUGGAGGCCUGCCUGGGUGGUGACGUUUGGACGAUUCUGCAAAAGAACAAACAUUUCGACGAACGGACGGCCCGCUUCAUGGCCGGUUGCGUGGUGGAAGCCUUCGAGUAUCUGCACAGUCGCAAUAUGAUUUACCGGGACUUGAAGCCGGAAAAUUUAAUGCUGGACGAGCAGGGAUACAUCAAAUUGGUGGAUUUCGGUUUCGCCAAACGCAUCGGUGCCAACCAAAAAACGUGGACUUUUGCCGGCACACCGGAGUACGUUUCGCCGGAAAUUAUCCUGAACAAAGGCCACGACCGAGCGGUAGAUUAUUGGGCGCUAGGUGUUUUCAUCCACGAGUUGCUUGUUGGUAAACCGCCGUUCCGUGGAAAGAAUCACAUGAAAACCUACAACGCCAUUCUGCGUGGAAUCGAUAUUAUUGAGCUACCGUCGCGGAUUCCGAAAAAGGCGCAGGUGCUGAUUAAACGACUUUGUCGGCAGAUUCCGGCCGAGCGGCUCGGAUACGGCAAAAAUGGAAUCGCCGAUAUUAAAAACCAUCCGUGGUUCUCGGGCUUCGAGUGGCAGCGGUUGAAGGAGCGCACGCUGCCGGCCCCGUUGGUGCGCCCGAUCCAAUCCGACACCGAUCUGUCCAAUUUCGACGAGUAUCCGAAGGAUCAGGACGAACCACCGGACGAGACAUCCGGAUGGGAUAUCAAUUUUUAACCUCCACCUUCAUUAAUACUGACUAAUUAAAAUUGAUAAAUAUAAGCCCAGUUACAUGUGUAA